AUGUCGGAACCACAUACACCGGAGGUUGAGGUCGAACCAGCCUGUAACUACGCGGCAUGCGAGCACCCGGACAAAGCAGGAGAAUUCGUUCAGUGUGAUAAAUGUGGUUCGUGGUGGCACUUUACUUGCGCCGGUGUCACCGGAUCUAUCGCGGACAGAGCUUGGUCAUGCUCGAAGUGCACCACAACAUCGAUUAUCUCUCCGGGUGGUGAAGGCUCUGCAAGUGCUUUAGCUCGAAACCUAACCCUGCUCAGAGAACGGCACGAGCGCGAGAAGAAAAGGAUGGAGUUAGAGUUGCAACGGAAGUUUCUCGACGAGCAACAGCGCUUAUUGGACAUAUCGGCGGCAGAAGAUGUCGGAAGUACAGGUUCUAGGGUGUUGAACGACUGGUUAAACGGUCACGAAGGAGAAGAAGGCGCGGUAGGAGGUACAGCAAACCCGCCAGCAGCCUCUCAAAUUCAGCCACCAGGGAUUCCCAAAGAACCAGAUGCAGUACAGGUGAUCAAAGAUUUGCAGGCGCAGCUCGCCCAUUAUCAGCGCGCGUCUGUGAUGCCACCACCGCCUCAAAACCAACUAAGCGAGUUGAAUCGUCAGCUAGAACUCUGUAGGGCACAGCUAGAAAAACUCAACAUUCCCGAUUCGCGCCCAGCUGCAGGAAGGCCGAAUGCUACAUCUACGCCGCCAUUCAACGAUCCAUGUGUUCCGUUUAAUACUGAACGGCCGUUACAGCUGCCACGGUUAUUUUCGCAAGGAGUUGUUCCCAAGCAUAUUCCCCGACAAGCGGUAAGUAGGCCCGAACCAGUACCGCUGGAUAGCUCGGUGCCGCCUGCUUUCGCCGAACUGCGGCGCCCUCCGAUAGCGCAUCCAGUCAAUUCAAGCGGCAUAGAAGGAUCCAACAAUUCCGUUGGAAACCCACAGUAUCGUAGGCUCGGGAACUACGUACCACCAAUUGUAGGACCAACUCAGCAGCAACUCGCGGCUCGUCAAUCGCUCGGGCGCGACCUUCCGGUGUUUUCAGGAAACCCCGCUGACUGGCCGAUAUUUAUAUCGAACUACAAUUACACCACUGCCGCUUGCGGAUUCACCGAUGGGGAGAAUAUGCUUCGGUUGCAAAGAUGUCUUAAAGGCGCCGCGUUAGAGAGCGUCCGAAGUCGGCUGGUAUUGCCAGCAGCAACUCCUCAAGUCAUCGAAACGCUCAGGAUGCGUUAUGGGCGACCAGAACUUUUGAUUAACGCUCUACUCGAGAAGGUUCGAUCAAUCCCGGCGCCGAGAUCGGAUAGACUGGACGGACUCAUCGAGUUCGGCGUAGCGGUACAGUCAUUAUGUGACCAUAUAGAGGCUGCUAACGAACACGACCACUUGUCGAACCCGUCACUCGUGCAGGAGCUAGUGUCGAAACUGCCUGCCGAUCAAAAACUGAUGUGGGCGGGAUACAAACGUGGUGUUCCGAUAGUAAACUUGAAGACAUUCAGCGACUACAUGAUGGAAGUGGUUCAAGAUGCAUCCAGCGUGAUUUCGUUUGAACCAGAAGUUCGGAAACCAGCUAAGAAGGUCACGUCGAAGGGCUUCAUAAAUUCACACAAUGCUGACGUCCCUGAAGAGGCUUCAGGACCCAAGGUCGCUAAACAAAGAGAAUGUAUGGUUUGCAGCAAAUCGGGUCACUAUGUGAAGGAAUGUGGUAUCUUCAAAGCGUAUACUGUCGAUGAACGAUGGCGCAAGGUUCGAGCCUUAGGAUUAUGCCAGAAUUGCUUGUUCGGGCACGGAAGGCGCUCUUGCCGAAUUGCAAGCCGGUGUAAUGUCGAUGGAUGCCAGUUACGUCACCACUCUUUGCUACAUUCGGCGCAGCGCCUGACCCAAGUCGUUGAAAACCAUACCCACCAGCUGAUGGGUUCGAAGGUGCUUUUCCGGAUAAUUCCGGUAACUUUGCACGGUCCGGCUGGAGCAAUAGACACAUUUGCCUUUUUGGAUGAAGGAUCGUCCCUCACUUUGAUUGAAAGUGAACUGGCAAACCAACUCGGCGUACAUGGACAUUCGCGGUCUUUGUGUCUUCGUUGGACUGGCAAUACAUCUAGAGUCGAACAUAAAUCCCAAGCAGUGACCGCCGUCAUAUCCGGAAGUAGCAUGAAACAACGCUAUACACUGCGGGACGCACAAACGGUGGAAUCCCUCAAUCUCCCAACGCAAACUUUCCUGUUUGAUGAGGCGUUGAGACAAUUCGGGCAUCUUAAAGGGCUCCCGAUACAAAGCUACCAUAACGCGAAGCCGAAGAUUUUGAUAGGCGUUGACAACCUGCGCCUUGCCGUGCCAUUGAGGAUUAAGGAGGGGCUUGGCUCCGACCUUAUCGCAACUAAAACGCGUCUAGGGUGGUGUGUGUAUGGUCGUCAACAAGGGAAGACCAGAAGCGAGUAUAGUCUACACAUAUGCGAAUGUUCGUGCGAUGACAAAUUACAGGAUUCGCUCAAAGAAUUUUACGCCAUAGAGGAGGUUGGCGUGAAACCUCCAGAAGCGAUAAUGUCGAACGACGAUCGUCGCGCUUGGGAUUUGAUGAAAACCAUUACCAAGCGCGUUGGAAACCGCUACGAGACGGGUCUUCUUUGGAUUAAGGAUGACAUCGAGUUCCCACAGAGCUACGGAAUGGCAGUUAGAAGACUUCAAUGUUUAGAGCGACGGAUGGAGCGAAAUCCCAAACUAAAGGAGAACCUACAUCGACAGAUCGCUGAAUACCAGGAGAAGGCAUAUGCUCACAAGGUCACGCCAGGAGAACUCAGCAAAGUGGAUGCAAAGAAGAUAUGGUUUCUUCCUAUCGGCGCCGUAAUCAACCCCAAAAAACCGGACAAGGUCCGAAUCGUUCUGGAUGCCGCGGCUAAAGUGAAGGGUAUGUCGCUCAACAGCUUUCUUCUAAAGGGUCCUGAUCAGUUAGUUUCCCUUCUUGCUGUUUUCUUCAAUUUCCGUCUCUUUGCUGUAGCGGUUACAGCAGAUAUUCGGGAAAUGUUCCACCAGCUGCGAAUACGCCAGGUGGACAAAUAUGCGCAAUGCUUUCUAUGGCGAGCAGCGCCUACAGACGAGCCGGAAACAUAUGUAAUGGACGUGGCUAUAUUUGGGGCCGCCUGCUCACCAGCAUUGGCCCAGUAUGCCAAGAACACGAACGCCAUAGAACACGCUGACAGAUUCCCAAGAGCUGCUCAAGGGAUUCUCAAAAGUACGUACGUUGACGACUACUUGGACAGCUUUGGGAGCGUCGAAGAAGCGAAAAAGAUCGCCACGGAAGUCCGGAUGAUCAACGAACACGGAGGUUUUGAUUUGCGCAACUGGAGAUCCAAUAGUCGAGCUGUCAUGGAGCACAUGGGGGAAACCGAAGUAACCCAUGAACAGAAAAUAUGUCUGUCCGAAGAUCGACGACCGAAUGCCAGUCUGGAAACUGAGCGGGUGCUGGGGAUGUUAUGGGACCCGUCGAAGGACGAACUGUUUUUCUGCACACGUAUGAACGACGAAACGACGAGCUUGAUCAACGAAGGUGCCAGGCCGACAAAGCGACAAAUUUUGCGAUGCGUAAUGUCACUUUUCGACCCUCUUGGCCUGCUUUCUCCAUUCGUAAUACAUGGAAAGAUCCUCGUACAAGACCUGUGGAGAGCCGGGUUAGAAUGGGAUGAACCAGUAGGAGAUGGGGCGUUUCUACGUUGGCGUAAGUGGAUCGAUGCGAUGGAAUGGGUGGCAACUAUACGAAUUCCACGCUGUUACUUCGCCCUCGCAACCGAGUGCACCUAUUACAAUGCACAGUUGCACGCGUUCGCAGAUGCGAGUCCGUCCGCUUACUCGUGCGCCGUAUAUUUGAGAAUUGUCGGGCAAGAUGGUAUUGUACAAUGCACGUUGGUAGCCGCGAAAGCGAAGGUGGCACCGUUAAAGCCACUUUCCGUUCCGAGACUUGAGCUCCAAGCGUGCGUUCUUGCUGCUCGUCUAAUAAAGUUCGUCGAAACGAACCAUCCAAUCGUUGUCGCUAAAAGAUUUUUGUGGACUGAUUCUCGAACGGCGUAUUCUUGGAUUAGAGCAGACCCCCGUAAUUAUCGACCUUUCGUUGCUCAUCGAGUAGGUGAAAUUUUGGAAACGACGCAAAGUAACGAAUGGCGAUGGCUUCCGUCAGAAGAAAAUCCGGCCGACGAAGCCACGAAGUGGGGAAGCUGUCCCUACGUCAACGCGGACAGUCAAUGGUUCAGCAGUUCCCGGAUAAUGUACCAGCCUGAAGAACAAUGGCCAGACCCUGCGGUGCCCCACGUCGACAUUGAGGAUGAAAUUCGUCCUUGUGUACUGCACCAUGUCGAGGUUCAUCACAUCAUAGAGAAUAACAUCGACAAGCGGCGCUUGAGGACGGUCGGAUCACCAUCGCAGCAGGAGUUGAAAACCGCUGAAGAAGCGAUUAUAAGGAUGGUACAGCUUGAAGCCUAUCCCGAUGAGGUGGCUAUAAUCGGGAAAAAUAGUUCGCUGCCAAGGGAAAAGCAACAGCAUUUACACAAAUCCAGCUCGAUACAUAAGUUAGUGCCCUUUAUGGACGAAUGUGGCAUCCUUCGGCAAAACAGCAGAAUAGCCGCCGCUGAACAAGCCGCCUUCGGACUUCGCUUCCCUAUGAUCUUGCCGAAACAACACCUCGUCACCAAACUGAUAGUUGAACAUCACCACCGCCGCUUCAGGCAUGCCUUUGCCGAGACAGUGGUAAACGAACUCCGCCAAACCUACGCUAUACCCAAGUUACGAACCUUAGUGCGUCUCGUGUCACGGGCGUGCCUAAUCUGUCAGCUGAAAAAAUCUCGCCCCGCCGUCCCUCCUAUGGCUCCUUUGCCACCAGCGAGACUAGCUGCUUUCGUACGCCCCUUUAGUUACGUGGGCGUAGACUAUUUUGGCCCUCUACUUGUAAAGCUUGGGAGGUCAAAUGCCAAAAGAUGGAUUGCUUUAUUCACAUGCUUAACCGUGAGAGCAAUCCACCUUGAAGUAGCUUUCAACUUAUCGACGGACUCCUGCAUCUCGUGUGUCCGACGCUUUGUGUGCCGUAGAGGUUCGCCGAUCGAGUUCAUUUCCGAUAACGGCACGAAUUUUCGCGGUGCGGACCGAAUAUUGCGUAAUCAGAUCAAUAGUGGACUAACGGCUACCUUCACUAAUUCAUGUACCAAAUGGAGCUUCAAUCCACCAGGGGCGCCCCACAUGGGCGGCGCCUGGGAAAGGCUGGUACGCUCAGUGAAAUCGGGAAUGGAAGGCGCUUACUCGGAGGGCAAACUAGACGACGAAGGGCUCCAGACUCUGAUCCUUGAGAUCGAAAGCAUUGUCAACGGAAGACCGUUGACUUAUCUACCGCUCGAAUCAGCAGAAUCGGAAGCCCUCACUCCUAAUCAUUUUUUGUUGGGCAGUUCCAUGGGGACUAAGGUACCUUCGGUGGAAAUACCAACUGCGCUACAAGUGCGGGGUUCCUACGAUAUGAUUCAGCGCCAAUUGAACCAUUUUUGGGUGCGCUGGGUGAAAGAGUAUCUGCCGGUGAUCAGAAGGCAACCAAAGUGGUUUUUGGAAACCAAGCCUGUACGGAAGGGUGAUCUAGUACUUAUCGCCGACGAAGGAUCAAGAAAUGGCUGGAUACGAGGAAUGGUCCAAGAGGUUACGGAGGGCAUCGAUGGACGAAUACGCCAAGCGACGGUGAAGACUUCGAGCGGAAUCCUACGUAGGCCAGUAUCGAAACUCGCCGUUUUGGAUGUAAUCAACGGAAGUGCAGUCUCGGAGGAUGUCCAGAUGCACUCGGGGGAGGAUGUGGACAACAAAUCCGUCGAGAUGGCCACCCUGGUCGCAUAA